AUGAAUGAUAACAAACUAUCCGUUAGCAAUUGCGUAUUUGCUAAUAAUACACAAGGUCCAGAUUCAUUAUUCGGAACAUAUACAUCUUCAAGUGUAAUUACUGUUACAAAUUCACAAAUAAUUACAAAUUAUACAACAAUGCACUUAGGACAAGGAACGUUUUCAAUACAGGAUCCUACUAUUCCAGAUAUUGUAUUGCAUCUUUUGGCAACAGACCUGUGUCCAACAGGAGAGUUUUUAUUCGGAAACGCGACGAUGAAGCCAACGAGUUAUGAAACGACCGAAAUGAAUUUAAGAAAUGAAAAUGAUAAAUAUUUAUAUAUUAUCCUUCCAGCUAUGUUCGAUUGA